AUGCCGAACCAAACCUCAACCGCUGUUACCACCAUCAAGAUGACUACCACGGCUCAAUCAUUCGCCACUCUCCCUCGAUAUCAACUGAGCGAUGUACAAUUCGCCGAGUCUUCCAACUCUCCGACCUCGACCACAUCCGCAACCGAUAAAUCAACUCGAACUGAAACUGGAGAGUUGAUGUCCCGAAUGGUGUCAGACAUGGGCUAUCCCGCCACUGACGAGUCCUCAUCGCCUCUUCUCGCUCAAAAGAAGGUCAAUACCGAUGCUACCUUAUACCUCAACACUCCAGACCAGCUCAUGGAAUGGAUGAAUCAACGUCCCCUCUCCACUACUCAACAUCAAACCUAUGGACAUUUGGAACUUUCCUUCGACUUGAAAUGGUUCCGAACCCAUCCUAAACUAUUCACCAAGAUAUUCACUUCACCCUAUUCCACCAAAAACGUUCCACUUGAAAAUCUCCAUUCGGUCAAACUCAUCACGACCGGCGUGAACUUCUUUAUGCUUGAUCAAAAACCUAUUUUCGAUCAAAGAGGUAUCGAGCAAUAUACGGAACGACUAGCUAUCACUUUGCACCAUACGCUCAGCGUGCUACUUCGAGUACUUGUUGACGACAAUGGACCUCGACGUUUCACGUGGAUCGAUGGCAACAAUCGAUUUUUGAAGGCUUAUAACAAGAUUAGAGGUAAUUCGAGUAAGGUGAAAUCAUCGAAGGUUCAAACUCCCGCUAUACUCCAUCAUUGGAUCAAUACCUCUACUUGGUACUUGCCCUACCUUAUCAGACCCACUUGGUACUUCGAUGGGAAUGAAAAGGGUGAAGAGAACGAAGAGAAGCCACCUAUUAAGUUUAUGAGUAUUCCCGCAGAGGGUUUACACAAGUACAUAAAAGGAGUGACGAUGAAUAAUAUCAUUGGGGAUAUCCUCAGUAGAAACGAGGAAGAAGGUGAAGAAGCGAUCAUCGAGAUUAGGGGUAAAGUUCCAAGAGGGAAGGAGAAGUAUGUGAAACAGUUGAAAGAGACGUUGAAACUUGUCGAUGAGAAAGGAAUAAUCGUUUUGAUUCUCGUUGAUGAGAAGGAGUUGUAA